UUUCAUCAUCUCCACUCCACCAUCAUCAAACACCCCUUUUAACUGCAAUUCUCCCCCCUUAACAAAGUAACAACCACUCUUUACUUUCAAGUUUCAACCACAAUCUUCAAAGGGUAGUAGUAGUAGUAGUCAUAUAGAGGACACCACACCCUUAAGCACAAGAACUCAAGGGAAAAGGAAUAUCCUCUUUGAUCCCAACUCCUUCCCCUUUACCCUUUACCCUUUCCCCUAUUUAUUUAUACACAAACACAAACACACACAAUAUACUCCAAAAAUUUCCCUAUUCCUCUUUCUCUCUCUCUCUUUGAUCCCUCAAAAAGUUUCAAACUUUGAUAUGCAAGUAGCAUCAGAAGUUCAUCAGCACCACCAGCAAAGGCAAAACAAGGAUACCCAGAUGUGUAAAAAGAUCCAACUCACCAUCUCCUCCGACCAGAAACUCUCUCACACCGCCGCCGCCGUUGAAAACGGCGGUUUCAACGGCGGCGGCGGCGGCUGUGAAGGCAGUGAGGAUGAUCUCUUCGUCCCUCCCCUCAAUUUCGCCAUGGUUGAUAACGGCAUUUUCCGUUCUGGUUUCCCUGAACCUGCCAACUUCUCCUUCCUCCAAACCCUUGGCCUUCGCUCCAUCAUAUAUUUGUGUCCUGAGCCAUAUCCAGAGGCUAACAUGGAGUUUCUCAAGUCAAAUGGGAUCAAGCUUUAUCACUUUGGGAUUGAGGGUCAUAAGGAGCCUUUUGUAAACAUCCCAGAGGACACAAUCCGUGAAGCACUAAAAGUUCUCCUUGAUGUCAGGAACCACCCGGUUAUAAUACACUGUAAGCGAGGAAAGCACCGAACGGGUUGUUUAGUAGGAUGCUAUAGAAAAUUGCAAAAGUGGUGCUUGACAUCAGUCUUUGACGAGUACCAGCGCUUUGCGGCUGCGAAAGCAAGAGUUUCAGAUCAGAGGUUUGUUGAGUUAUUUGAUACUUCAAGCAUGAAGCAAUUGCCCUUAUCAUUUUCAUGUUUGAAGAGGUAACAACAGACCAAGUUGUGAUUAGUUGGGGCUUUCUUUACUUUGUGAAAGUGAAACCAACCCAGGUUCUUCUACAUUGGAAUAAAUAGGAAAAGGUGAUGAACUCCUGCAAUGUGUUUCAGCCGCGGCAAAGGAAUUCUUCUUCUUCUUCUCCCAUUUUAGAAUAAGAUAAGAAAAUUCCCCAGCAUGUUAGUGCAUGUUUGGUUACAUAGUAGAUUUUCACGUUGGAAGGUGAAUUGGUUCUGGGUGAAGCUACUCAUAGUAGUUUUUGUGGUAGCAGAAUUAAUUCUGGAAGAUCUGAACAUGAAUCCAAACAUGCUAUAGUGUUAUACCCCCCACCUUUUGGUCUAUUUUCUUUCCCUUUGUUUUAUGUUUUCUUUGCUACUCCUCCAUUCAUCAGCAGUGAGUGUAGGAUAAGUCUUGAUUUUUUUCUCGAGGCUUAGAGAAAUUCAAGAUAGGCAUUGUUUGUCUACCCAAAAAUCUUUGGUGGGUAGUCGAGCAGAGAAACAUAUAAAUCUUAUUAUUUACUAGAUUGAUAUUGUUUUCCUUAUUUUGUCUUGAUAAAAGUCCAGUUUCAAUGAGACUA